UCUGUCAAUAGUACAAAUAGUUGCAAGCAAACCUAUUGUCCUUUAGUCUUAGUAUUGCCAUCAAACGCGAAGGUGGCGAAUCCACUUGCUUUCCAGCCAAUCUUUGAAAUAUAAGAUAAACCAAAAUUCACGGUCUUAAAGAAAGACAUAACAGGUUCCUGAAAAAUUGGAAUAAAAACAGAAUUCUGAGGAACCACCAAAAACUGGAGCUCAUCAAAAACUUCCGGAAGGAAAAAAGGACAAAAAUCCACGGCAGUCGUAGAAAAUCAGAAGCAGUUACGACGAUAUCAGAAAUGGCACAAUUACGCCCACAUAUCGACGUACUAACUCAAACUUUGCAGCAGCAAAGCGUUGAGAUGCAGAACCGACUAUCAGCGAUCGAAUCAAGCUAAUCGUUGGAAGGAGUAUCGACGUUCGAUCAACACGAAGCAGUACGCUUGCACAUUAACGACCCCAUGGAAAUUUACCUGUAAUUAUUCAAAGCACUUCCACGAUUCGAUGGAAACAAAGAUCAAUAUAGAUCCUGGAGAUCGUAAGUAUGGACCUUUACGGAUGGUAUAAAAGGGUGAUUACUACCAAUCCUAACCACCCUAGAUUGAAUUUAAUUGAGGUAUGCACUGCGACCUUGGGUCUAUUGUGCCCAACCACCCUAGAUACUACAGUGCCUAUACCAAGUGCACAAAAAUAAUAGGAGUAGCAGCAGAUAUUCUUACAAACCAAAACACGAAGAUGAAUAUUUAUAUUUUAUUAUAAAAAGAUUGGAUUACACGUAAAACAGUGGUUCUAUAAAAGACUAUGCGAAUCAGGAAGCGGUAAGGGCCUUCAUCCUAGGGUUACAUAGCAAAUAUACAAGUGGGACAAUGUAUAGUCAUAACCCUUAAGAUUUGGAAACAGCUUACGCAGUAGCUAUUACUAUUUACCACGACAAUGUGAAUCGCCAAUUCGAGGUACAUUCUAACCUCCCAAGGGGGAACGAGCAACAAAGAUUCCAGCAACCUGAUGAUAAAAGGAAAUAUAAUCCUCGCUUCAACGAAGGCCAAGAUGGACAGACAACAUCAUCAAUACAAACCAAACGUCAAAAUACAGAGGAGUUAUCAUAGAACUUAUAAUCAACCGCAACAACAACUUGCACCAGAACCAAUGGAAGUGGACAAUUCGCAGCAGUAUCAGAGACCAACACAUUAUUUCAACCAACAAAGAAAUCCGCCUCAGCAACCAAAUCCAUUUAAAAGGGAUAGGAACGUCUCGUCGCAAAAACUUCAAUGAACCAAAAAUGCAGCGCAUCUAUCGAACCGCACAAGCAGACUACGAUGGACAUUUUGAGACACGGAGUACUUUUUUAGGCGAGUAAACGGGUUGCCUUGUAUCAAAACAAAAUGUAGAUUAACCGGCACUCUCGUUACAAUUUUAGUAGAUACAGGAUCAACUAAUAAUUAUAUUAGCAAUAAAUGUGAAAUCGGUAAGGCAAUACAAAUUAUUCCUUUAAAAAAACUGUACAUGGAUUUUCAGUCAUUCAGGGGUGUUGUGGAAUCCAAGAUAGAAUUGCUUAGCUGUCAGAAUUGCAAACCUUUCUGAUUAUCAAUGGUGUCACAGAAUCUGAUUGGAUUUUCGUCUUUUCGAACAUACGCAAAACCAAUAUUCGAACCAGUAGUGCGUUUCUGUAACUUUUCGUUAUGCAUAAUAACGAACGAUAUGUAUAUCGAAUUCACUAGUAUAACGAAAUGUAGUGUUUCUGUAAGUCUGGUGAAAAGCAUUUUCGUUAUUUCUUUCGUUAUGACAUUUGUUAUCAUAUCAUUAAAAAAAUUGCAGUGAUAUUUUGCGCCAAAAUAAAGAUGAGCGAGGGAAGCUGGAAAAAUUUUGAUGUUUUGUUUAUGUUUAUAUUGUUUAUAUUAUUUACAGAAAAAAGUAAGAAGUGAAAAAGUUACCUAACAACAAAAAAAAAUUUCUAGAUUUAUUGAAAAAAUCAUAGAAAUGUUGGUACCGGACAAUUUGGUGGCCCAAACAGCGGCAAAGUUGCUAAUGCUGUAUGGGCAACUCUCACAGCGUAAUUGAACGCCUACGGAGGAGCAUGUAAACCGUUGAGCAGUGGAAAAAGUGCUGGGCAGACUGAAAGUCAGGCGUAAAGAAGCAGCAGGCCGCAAUUAUGCGUUUCCAGAACGCUACUGGACAUCGUCCUGCCUCUGAAAGUCCAGCGCCGCUAGAUGGUAUGGACCUUGAAGUGCUAGACUUUUACCCAACUGCACUUGUUGAUGGCGAUGGCGUUACUAAGGACUCGGGGUUUCAAGAGAUGAAUGAUAGUGCAGAUGAAGAAUUGCAGAAAUCACUUGAUGACGUGUUGGAUACACCUCAAAAAACCUCAAAUGCUGCACUGCCAUCAGCCAAACCCAAUACAGUGCCAUCGCCCACACCAGACAGAAUGCGACAGACUGCCACUUUCUUCAGUUCAUUUGAACAAGUGAAAACCACUCUUGCUGAGCAGGAACGCAAGCGACAGGAGGAAUUUGACCAGUUGCUGUCCGUGGCGAAAGACAUCCGCGCCUCCGUGCAAUCCAUGGCCGCUUCGCUUAAACAAUUAUGCGAAAAAUAAUAAA